AUGCCGCAGGACAUUCCCCGGCGGCAAGUUAACCAGAACGAGGAUGGAAUGGAAGAAUCGUACGUGGAUCGGUCUCAGCAACCUAAUCCCUCAUCGGCUCUCGAACAGCUAAAGGCCGAAAUGAUGGAACUUAGGAGGCUCCGAGAAAAAGACGCACACGAGCUGUCCGCGUUAAGAAGAGAGAAUGCCGAACUAAGAAGCGAUAACAGGACGUGGCAGCCUACGCACGAUGGACAAAAUCAAUCAACCCGGGAUCAUGGCGAAUCCUCAGGAUGGUACAAGGAGGUUAAUACCCCCCGGCCAUCGGGUGUGCCGACCACCACAACGCAAGAUCAACAAAGAAGACAGGGAAAGACACCGUUUACACCCGACAUUGCCGGGGCUCGUUUACCCGACAAUUGGAAAAACUUGACCCUGGAGAAGUAUGAUGGAACCGCCGAUCCAGAAGAACACCUCGAUGCGUUCGUUACGCAGGUCGGAUUGUACACUGAUGACGACGCGAUCCUGAGCAAAGUCUUCCCUACUUCCUUGAAAGGUCCGGCGCUUAAUUGGUUCACGAGACUCCCUCCCGGAUCUAUAGACUCAUUUGCAACUCUAUCUUCCCGUUUCGUGAUACAGUUCGCCACGAGCCGGCCACAUCAGCUCACAUCUAUAGCAUUGGUCAACAUUCGCCAAGAGAGGAAGGAACCUUUAAGGACCUUCAUGGAGAGGUUCGGACGGAUGACCCUAUCUAUCCGCAAUUUGGACCCGGCUGUGGCCAUGCAUCACCUAACCACAUCGCUACGACCCGGGCCAUUUGUUAAUAGCCUGUGCAAAAAGCCACCUCAGGACCUUGAUGACUUACGGCAGAGAGCCACGAAGUAUAUGCAAAUGGAGGAAUUGGCAGAAUUUCGAAGUCAAAACCGACCCGACCUGUUCCUCGCUAAAAGAGAAAGUGACAAGGAGUCAAUCAGACCCCGCCACCGCGACUCAACGGACCGCGACAAAGGCAGCAGAGGGCCAAGGUACAUACAGUACACGCCACUCAACGCCAGCAGAACCAAGGUACUAGAACAAGCGUUAACCACUGAAGUAUUGGCCGUUCCAAGACGAGCAAUGACCCCUCCUCGAGCUGAUAAAACAAAGGCAUGCCAAUUUCAUCGGAAUAGGGGGCACACAACCGAAGAGUGCUCCGCUCUCCGGGAUCGCAUCGAAGAUCUUGUAAAGGCUGGCCACCUACAAAACUUCGUCCGAUCGACCGACAACAAGAGGGGCGAAUAUCGCCCUGCCAAAGAAUACCAGCGGAGCCACCGAGAUCGGGUACCUCCACGGAACCGAUCCCGUGAACGCAGCAGAUCCCGUGAUAGGAAUGACCCGCGAGACCACAAUCACCCUAGGCGGGUCAUAAACACAAUUGCCGGAGGCUUCGCAGGGGGUGGAAGCUCGUCCUCGGCCCGAAAGAGGCACUUGAGGGCCAUCAAGUCGAUCAAUGCGAUAGGACGAGCCUCGCCCAUUCGUAUGCCCCCCAUAACCUUCACCGAUCGAGAUUUCAAGGGCAUCGACCCUGUACAAGACGACCCGAUGGUCAUCAGCGUCGAGAUCAACAAUUGUAUAGUAAGAAAGACGUUAGUUGAUCAGGGGAGUUCAGCCGACAUCUUGUACUGGAAGACUUUCGAACAGUUAGGAAUACCGGAACAGGAGUUGACACCUUAUGACGAGCCGUUGGUAGGUUUCUCGGGUGAACGAGUGGAUACCUGA